GAGAGAGAGAGAAAAGAGGGAGAGAGAGAGGGAGAGAGGGAGAGGGAGAGGGAGAGAGAAGAAACGGGAGGAGGGGAUAAGGAAAUUAAACCCUUUAAGUCAAUGCAUAUCGUGGUGACACCGGCACAGGAGCCCUCACGGUGGAGUCGGCCAGGGCUGUGCGUUCCCAAAAUAUGACCAGGGGUGCUUGGAUGUGUCGGCAGUAUGACGACGGGUUAAAAAUCUGGUUGGCGGCACCCCGGGAGAACGAGAAACCGUUCAUCGAUUCAGAGAGGGCUCAGAAAUGGCGACUGUCUCUGGCAUCUCUCUUGUUUUUCACAGUCCUGCUCUCUGAUCACUUGUGGUUCUGCGCCGAGGCCAAGCUGACCCGGACCCGGGACAAGGAGCAGCGGCAGCAGCAGCAGCGGCAGCGGCAGCAGCAGCAGCAGCGGCAGCGGCAGCAGGAGCCCUCCUGGCCCGCGCUCCUGGCGAGCAUGGGGGAGUCCUCGCCCGCCGCCCAGGCGCCCAGACUCCUCGCCGCCGCCUCGGCCCCCGCCCUGCCCCCCUCCCCGGGAGCCGGCGGGGGCGGCCAGGGCAGCCGAGGCAGCAGCAGCCGGGGCGAGGCUCUUGUGCUGGGGCACUCUGCCCAGCCCGUGUGGCGCCUGGAGACCUGUUACCCCCAGGGCGCCUCCUCGGGCCAGUGCUUCACCGUGGAGAGCGCGGACGCCGUGUGCGCCAGGAACUGGAGUCGGGGGGUGGCGGCCGGGGGGGAGGAGCCGCAGGUGAGGGGGACGCAUCCAACUCCGCUCUGGAACUUGUCGGAUUUUUACCUUUCAUUUUGUAAUUCCUACACACUUUGGGAGUUGUUCUCGGGGUUGUCCAGCCCCAACACUUUGAACUGUAGUCUGGAUGUGGUGCUCAAGGAGGACGGUGAGAUGACCACUUGCAGGCAGUGCGUCGAGGCUUACCAAGACUACGACCACCACGCUCAGGAGAAAUACGAAGAGUUUGAAAGCGUGCUCCAUAAAUACUUGCAGUCGGAGGAGUACUCGGUGAAAUCGUGUCCUGAGGACUGUAAGAUUGUCUACAAAGCCUGGCUGUGUUCCCAGUAUUUUGAAGUCGCACAGCUGAACUGCAGAAAGACAAUUCCUUGCAAGCAAUACUGUUUGGAGGUUCAGACGAGGUGUCCGUUCAUAUUGCCCGACAAUGAUGAAGUCAUCUACGGGGGACUCUCCAGUUUCAUCUGUACAGGGCUCUACGAAACCUUUCUAACCAAUGAUGAACCAGAAUGCUGUGACGUCAGGAGAGAGGCAAAAUCCAACACCCCCUCCAAGGGGACGGUGGACAGAGGCGGCUCCUGUCCCAGGACGUCGCUCCCAGCUUCAGCGGCACCCAGGCUGGGCCCCAGCAGACUCAGGCUGUGUGUCCUCGUGCUGAUACUCCUUCACACAGUUCUCACGGCCUCGGCGGCGCAGAACGCCACGGCCCUGGGCUUCGGGGGUGUCCACGCACUUGACGAGCGCUCGGCCAGCAAGGAGUAAGGACGCUGGACCCUGGAGCAUGCCCGCCGCCCUGGCCACCGGCGUCACGGCCUGGGUGCUCCGACCCGUGCAUCACUUCGUGCAGGGCCUGGAGGGCAAAACUGGAAAAGAGGGGCCUGAAUCCAAACAAGGACACACACACACAGCUUUUUAUGGACUAAAAGGCUGGAAAGUGACUUCAAUUUCUCACACCAUUUUAUACACUGUGUUUUAAUGUUUGGAGGUUUUCUUUGCUUUCCUUUUGAUUUGGGUUUAUCUGUUUGGUUUGUUUUUGCACUUGUUAAUACAGGAUUUAUUUGGGGGGAUGGUUUCUCAGAGGUAAACUAAGUCUUUUCACUGUCUCUCUAUAUAUAUUUCUAGUCAUUGUGUGUGUUCCUCAGAUAGUUCUGUCUCAUGUCCUGUCAGUUUCUAUUAGCGGAAUGACGGCUAUGACCUCGCGGUAUAGCAAACAACAACAACACACACAAAAAAAAAUCAUAAAAAAAUAAAAAAGACAAAAAAAAGAAAACAACAAAAAAAUAAAAAUAAAAAAACUCCCUGACUCUCCCUCCUGCCUCUGGAACCCACGCCCCUCCCAGCCUGCCCGCCCCGGGCCUUCCCCGCCCACAGCAGACGACAUCCGCUUGCUUCUGUCCUUGUCGCAGCUGCCGUGAGUGGGCGCAGUGCACGCUCCGCUGGGCCCCUGAGCCGCUGCUGCACAAACCCGCAACGGAGCAGACCCAGGGGGGCCCUUUCUAGCCGAACAAACAAGUGCUCUCCAUAACAGGUGGGGUCAGACAGUUAGCACAUCUUUACAUUGAAAAUAAAACAAAAGCAAAGAAAACUACCGUGAACUCGGUUGGUCCAGCUCCCCCUUCCAAGGGCCCAGGCCUUCCUCGCUGGUCGGGUGGCUGGGAGCCGCCACCCAGAAUGGGGGUGUAAGGAGGUAGGGUGUCCUGCCCUGAAGUUGCAGGUGGCUGGGCUUUCGCUGGGAUUUCAGUUCUGUUGCAGGACUACACGAGCACCUUUUGGCCAUUGUCACAGGAACAGGAUUCUGAGGACCCAAAUCUGGGCUUCUUUUUCCUCCUUUCCUCCUCGUUGUGGAGGGCUUGCAGACGUGCUCAGACACCUGCAGCAUACAGAAUCUAGACCAUUUCACCCCAGUAUUUCCCCCACAUACAGUUUUUAAUUACUCCAGGUAUAAAGUGUAUGCAAUUCUGCAUUAUCAAAAAGAACUUUUCAAAAACUAGGUUAGCCAUUUUCAUUCAAGUACAGAAACGUUACCACUCUCACAUGCUCUAGAUAGUUGAAGACAAGAGGAGAAAUCGGAUCGCUCUGUUUGUAUUUUUUCUUUUUGUGGGAACAUUUUACCUGCUGAGUGUCUAUGAAUUUGCUUUCUAAAAAAAAAAAAAAAAAAAAAAAAAAAAAA